AACGAGGUUCCUCUUUUCGGAGAGGUCAAGUUCCAUCAUGUUGGUCUGGUCAUAUCCGCCGUCUUUGCUCUCAUCUCGGUCAUUAUCGCCUUCUUCCUGAUCUAUAAGCAUGCGACGCAUUACUCAAAGCCAUGGGAACAAAAACACAUCAUUCGCAUCCUCCUCAUGAUCCCCAUCUACUCGACCGUCUCCUUCCUCUCGUACCUCUACUACAAACAUUCCAUCUACUUUGAAGUCCUUCGCGACUGCUACGAAGCUUUCGCCAUCGCCUCGUUCUUCACACUCCUUUGCAACUACAUUGCUCCGAACCUGCACGAGCAGAAAGAUUACUUCCGUCAAGUCCAACCUAUAAACUGGUUCUGGGGUGUCUUCGGCCUACAGAAGUGUACCGGUGGAAAAGACAAGGGCAUCUUGCGCAUACCGAGAAGCGGCCUGACGUGGUUCAAUGUUGUUUGGCUCUCCGUCUUCCAAUACUGCUUUAUACGCGUGCUCUUCACCAUAGUCAGUGUCGUCACCCAGGCUUUGGGCCGCUAUUGCGAAGCUUCGCUCAAUCCGGCAUUCGCUCACAUCUGGGUCAUGGUCUUUGAGGGUGCUUCAGUCACCAUCGCCAUGUUCAUGCUGAUUCAAUUCUACCUACAACUGAAAGCUGAUCUUGCUGAACACCGUCCUUUCUUGAAAGUUUUGUGCAUCAAGCUCGUCAUUUUCUUCAGUUUCUGGCAAUCACUUCUCAUCUCAUUCCUUUCUUCCUCCAAUGGGCCUUUACAACCUACAAAGAAAAUCUCGUAUCCAGACAUCAAGGUUGGCAUUCCAUCAAUGCUUUUGUGUAUCGAAAUGGCUAUAUUCGCCGUAAUGCAUCUCUUCGCUUUCCCAUGGCGCGAGUACGACCUCUCGAAGCCUUCUUUCGCAGACCCUCUCACGGUUCCUGGUUCUGGUUUCUCCGGCAAUGCGCCAAAAUACCAUGGUGGAUGGAUGGGAAUCAAAGCCUACGCAGACACAUUCAAUCCUUGGGAUCUCGUCAAGGCAACUGCCAGAAGCUUCAGAUGGCUUUUCGUGGGCCGCAAGCACAGACACAACGAUAUCUCGUAU